AUGAUUCCGGUUUAUCAGCCAUAUUUGACAGGCCAAGAAAAAAACUAUGUCAAUCAGUGCCUGGACUCUACUUGGAUCUCUUCCAAGGGUGAAUUCAUCAGUAGAUUUGAGAAUGAGUUUGCGAAGUAUAUCGGCGUAAAAAAAGCCACCAGCGUAAAUAAUGGUACGGUGGCAAUACAUCUGGCUCUUGAAGCUCUGGGGUUGAAAGUCGGUGAUGAAGUCAUCGUUCCGGCAUUGACAUAUAUUGCUUCUGUCAACACCAUUAUUCAGACCGGUGCGACGCCUGUCUAUGUCGACUCUUUGCCUGGUAGUUGGCAAGUAGAUCCGGCGGAUAUUGCUAGGAAAAUAAAUGAGAGAACCAGGGCGGUAAUGGUUGUUCAUUUAUAUGGACUGCCUUGCGAUAUGGACCCUAUUGUUGAAUUGUGCAAGAAACACAAUCUGCUUUUGAUCGAGGACUGUGCCGAAGCGUUUGGCUCUUUUUAUAAAGACCAGCAUGUCGGUACAUUUGGGGAUAUCGCGACGUUCUCCUUCUUUGGAAACAAAACGAUCACCACUGGCGAAGGAGGCAUGGUCGUUUCGAAUAAUUCGGAGCUCAUAGAUCGUGCAUUCCAUCUCAAGAAUCAAGGUGUUUCCAAGGAGCGGGAAUACUGGCACGAUAUCGUAGCUUACAACUACCGGAUGACUAAUAUCUGCGCAGCCAUAGGUUUGGCGCAGCUUGAAAAGGCAGAUGAAAUUCUGUAUAAAAAGCGCCAGAUUGCUUCUUGGUACGAGUCAGGAUUAGCGGGUCUGCCGGUCAGCUUUCAUUCUGAAAUGAAGAAUACUCGACACUCCUUCUGGAUGUGCUCAAUUGCCGUGAAUAAUUCAGGCGAUCGUAAUCCCUUGAGGGAGUAUUUGAGGCAGGAGGGUAUUGAGACGCGUCCCGUUUUUCAUUUGGUGAAUGCGAUGCCUCAUUGCCAUACUUCUGAUAUUUUCCCUAUAGCCGAAGCAAUUUCUGCGUCAGGGAUCAAUUUGCCAAGUUAUCCCGCUUUGUCAGAGAAUGAGGUUAUAUAG